AUGUCCUGGGGCGGGUUCAAGAAGUCGAUUAACCGCGCGGGCACGCAGCUCAUGCAAAAGACGGGGCAGUUGGAGCGCUCCGAAGACUCGCGCUUCAAGGAGGAGGAGCUCAAGUACCGCGAGUUUGAGAAGCACGCCUCGGCGCUGCUCAAGUGCUCGCGGGACUAUCUCGAUGCGAUUCGCUUGCUGGCGGCGUCGCAGGCGCGUAUCGGUGACACGAUCGAGGGCUUUUACUCGGACUCGUCCGAGACGGCAAUGGUCGCGAGCACCUACAAGCGCUCGGUCGAGGAGCUGGAUGCACGGACAGCGAAGGAGCUCGACGUGCCCUACCGUGCGACGGUGCUCGACCCGAUCAGCAAGCUCUCGAGCUACUUCCCCGAGGUGAACAAGCUGAUCGAGAAGCGCAACCGCAAGCUGCUCGACUACGACGCGGCGCGGUCCAAGCAGAAGAAGCUCUCCGAGAAGCCGGCAGACGACCCCUCGAAACUCCCUCGCGCCGACCGCGAACUGGGCGACUCCAAGCUCGUGUUCGAGGCGAUCGACCAGCAGCUCAUGAACGAGCUGCCUCAGCUGGUCGACAUGCGCGUGCCGUACCUGGAUCCGUCGCUCGAGAUGAUGAUCCGCGCGCAGAUCAAGUUUGCGCAGGAGGGCUACGAACAGCUGGGCAGUGUCCAGCGCUACUUCCCGGAGCAUGUGCGCAACGAGUAUGCCGAGGGGCAGCUCGAUACCCAGGUCGAGGGCGUCCUACAGGAGAUGCGCGCCCUCUCGAUCUGCGGCGCCGGCCAAUAG